CAGUUCCUGGACCUGCUCGUAGUUUUUGCCUCUCCCUCUCUCUGUACAUAGGGCAAAGCUGUCAACAGGGAGCAGUGACAGAGCUUAAACAGGGUUUUAAACACCUAAGUAGAAGUCACUAAAAUGGGAGUAGAGCCACCUUUGCGCCACAACACAGAUGCUCCAAUCGUACUCGGCCUACAACCGGCUGCUCUUAUCGACAAUGUGGCUCCCGUUGAUUGCGCCUUGCUCGAUCAAAUCCCCGGCGAGAGAGGUGGCUCUAUUCCGGUUCAAAUGGAUGAGCUAGAGUAUAUUCUGAACGAGAUUAAAAUCCAUAACCUCAAAACUCCUGGUGAUCCAUAUCCCAUGAAGACAAUGGCCGGAGGAAGUGUUGCCAAUACUAUUCGAGGACUUAGUACUGGAUUUGGGGUGUCUUCUGGGAUAAUUGGAGCCUAUGGUGAUGAUGAGCAAGGUCACCUAUUUGUAAAGAACAUGAGCUUCAGUGGAGUCGACCUCUCAAGACUGAGAAUGAAGAAGGGGUCCACGGCUCAGUGUGUUUGCCUGGUUGAUGCCUCAGGCAAUCGCACAAUGCGUCCCUGUCUCUCCAGUGCUGUGAAAGUUCAGGCAGAUGAUCUAACCAGAGAGGAUUUUAAGGGCUCUAAGUGGCUGGUGUUAAGAUAUGGAAUUUUCAAUUUAGAAGUUAUUCAAGCUGCCAUUUUGAUUGCCAAACAAGAGGGUCUUUCUGUCUCCUUGGAUUUAGCCAGUUUUGAGAUGGUUCGGAAUUAUAGAUCACCUCUUCUGCAGCUAUUGGAGUCCAGGGAUAUAGACCUUUGCUUUGCUAAUGAGGAUGAAGCAAUAGAGCUACUAAGGGGUGAAGACAAGGCUGAUCCUGAGGCUGCGGUUGAGUUCAUGGCCACGUAUUGCAAAUGGGCAGUCGUAACACUAGGGUCCAAUGGAUGUAUUGCCAAACACGGAAAGGAGGUGGUAAGAGUGGCAGCCAUAGGAGAGGCCAGAGCAACAGAUGCAACCGGAGCUGGGGACCUGUUUGCCAGUGGGUUUCUAUAUGGAUUAGUAAAGGGAUUGAGCCUGGAGCAAUGCUGCAAAGCAGGGUCAUGUAGUGGUGGGUCAGUAAUUCGGGCUCUUGGGGGUGAGGUGACUCCAGAGAACUGGCAAUGGCUGUAUAAGCAGAUGCAGAUGAAAGGUCUUCCACUUCCUGACAUCCGAAACUGAUGUUCUGCGAAAGUGCCGAAACCAAUUGGCUUCUCUAAUUAUUGCUACUGUCUAUUAAAAUUUUCUGACAGCAAUUGGCAGCUGUUGUUGGAUUUUUGGGGCUAGUUUCACGUCAUAGUUGUCUGAGAACACAGAAUCAUUGAGAUGAUGAUAGAUUCAUUUAAACGCGGAACACAGAGAGACUUGCAAUUCAUUUUGUCAGGAAUUAAUUUAGAUCCUAAUCUCAUCGGGUAAAAAUGGGAUGCUGUAUCGUAUUAAAUGUGAUUUAUAGAACCUUAUUAUAUUGGAAAGAGAUAACGUUAUAGGAA